AUGUCAAAGGCAAAGUAUAAAAAGGAUUAAAGAUGUAAAGGGUAUCUGUAUUAUAUAAAAGAGAUGUGUAUUGUAAAGAUAAAUGAAUGGAUCAAGACUCAUUUUAUUUAAACCAAAUUUUUCCCAUUUAAGAUGA